AUGCCUUCUCUAUCAGAUCAGGAGAAGAAUCAGCUUAGUGUAGUGAUUGGUACAUCUUGUGAUGUUUAUUCAUCUACUGUGGCAAGGUUGUACGAAGGAAAGCAGGGAAUGUGGGAGUACACAGGUGUAGUAGGUGCAGUAUCAGUCGUAACACAUCGUAUCGAGAAGACUAGUUACAUCAAGAUCAUCGAUAUCAAAUCUGCACCUCGUAUUAUAUUCGAACAGGAGCUUUACGAUAACUUUGAAUUCACCAAGGCACGCGACUUCUUCUACACCUUUGAGGGAGAUACCACCGUCUACGGACUGUCAUUCACCGAUGUCAACGAGGCUUCCGACUUCCAAUCUAACCUCAACCGUGCCAAGACUGCCAACAGCGCACGUCCACAAUCAAUGGCUAUGCCAGCCGCCGCCGCUGCUCAACCUGCAAAGGCAACUCCAGCACCAGCACCAAAGAAGGAGGAGAAGGAGAAGAAGAAGAAGAAGGGAUUCUUCUCGUCAAUGUUUGGCGGUGGCGACGAAGAGCCAGAGAACUUUGAGAUCUCGACACCAUCAUCGUUUAGACAUGAGAGUCACAUUGGUUGGGAUGCAUCACAGGGAUUCGAGAUUCGUAACAUUCCUCCCGAUUGGCGUAAGCUGUUCCAGUCGGCAGGUAUCACCAAGAAGGAGUUGAAGAAUGCCGAGACCGCUCAGUUCAUCGUCAACAUCAUCGGUGAGAACUUGGCCGCUGGUGGCGGUGCACCACCAAUGUCAGGUGGUAGAGCGCCACCUCCUCCACCUCCACCAACAUCAAGCAAGGGCACUCCUCCACCUCCUCCACCCCCAUCACACAAGGGUACCGCUCCUCCUCCACCACCUCCUCCCCCUGUGUCUGGCGGACCUCCUCCUCCUCCACCUCCUCCCUCGCACAAGGGCGCUCCACCUCCUCCACCCCCUCAUACGUCUGGUGGACCUCCACCUCCACCCCCUCCUACAUCCAAUGGUGGCGGUGGCAACGGCGGUGGCGGUGGCCGUGCCGAUCUCCUGUCUGCCAUUCGUGGUGGUGCCUCCUUGAAGAAGGUCGAUCACAGUGAGCCAUUGCCAGACAUCCAAAAGCUUGAUGACGCUGGCAACAGAUCAUUGGUUGACACUUUGGCAUUGGCCAUGAUGCAGCGUAGAGGCAACAUGAGAGAAGACGAUCAAGAUGAAGAUGAUGAUGACUCUGGUUGGUCCGACUCUGAGUAA